AUGUCCCUGCCCGAAAGGGUUACAGUAUACUUACUAAGUACAUCAUCAGAAACAUGCUCACUCGACCGGAGCUUGGACAAGUCUUCCUUGCUUGGACUCACCGGAGACGUCUUCACGAGGCACAAGUUUGAGAACAAACAGGAGCAGCGAGACGAGCAGGUCUUGCGCUUGCGUGUGGACAUCGCAGACUUUCACCUCAAGGAGUUUCUCAGCGCUCCGCUGGAAGCCGCGUCGCUACCGAGCGCGGUGGAGCUGAGCGGCGGGGCGUUGUCUGUUAGCAGCUCAGAAGCCUUUCUGGGACCCGCUGAACGUUUGCAGGAGCUCUGGCAAUCUGCGGCGGCGUUCCAGGCUAGUGGGCCAUGGCCUCCCUCCAGACUGGUGGCGUGUGCCAAGCAUCUUUGUGGCGGGGCCACUGAUAUCGCCUUGAGAUCUCUCAAGGCCUUCCCUGCCGAAGCUGGAAGCAAAGGUGGAGUCAUGGUGUGCGUGGCCACCUGUUGUCACCAUCGCUGCGAUGUUGACAGCUAUGUGAACAGGCCUUUCCUGGAAGCCUUGGGCCUUUGCAACUCACCGGAGGACUUCCUCCAGUUGGUCUCCACGGCCGGUUGGGCCGUGGGCGGUGAGGGGCGGCGAGACGUGCAAAAGCGUCGGGUGGGAAUGAUGGCCAAGAGGAUUCUGGAUUUGGGCCGCGUUGCCUGGCUUCGGAAGGAGUUGCACCUUGAUGACGCAUCCUUGACCGAAUACAUCAGCAAGGACCGACAAGAAGGCCUCUUGCUGGAUCUCUCGGUCUUCACUGAUCCGCCCCAGCCAUACCAGGUUUGGAAAGCUAACCCUGUGGAAGUCACCAACAAGAACGAGCCGGAACUCCUGGGACAUUUGGCCAUUGCUGGGUACACCAAGGCCCUGUGGGAUCUGCCCAAAGACCAAUUGCCUCCCACAGCCUCGGCCAAACACGGGAAGGUGAUUGCUGGCUUUUAUCAGGUGUUCAAAGAUCACGUUCCGCACCUGGAGGCCCUUCAGCAGUACCUCACAGACCCCAACAGCCCCACGUGCUCUUUGACGUUUCCGCCCCGCCGCCCGGGGAACCCAGAGAACGGUGCUGGACGUGCUGGGCGUGACGAGUGGCUCGGGGCCUCGGAGAAGACCUCCGCUGACGCGGUCCUUCUGAUCGAGGCCUUGGACCGAUGGGUCGGGGCUGGUGUUUUGGAGCUGCAUUUUCCAACAGAUGUCUCAGGUAAGAGGGAUCUUCUCCGUUCGGCAUCGCAGCUACGGACCGGCCCCCGCGUGUCCUCGUUUUCGUCGGAUGUCGAUCUGGCCGUGCCCGAUCCGGCGGAGGUGGAGCGGCCCGACUUCCUCUUCAGCAAUGUGGACCGCUUCCGGAAACGGAAAGCCCCACCGAGGCCCAAGGCACGUGGAACAGGGACCCGCGCGGCAGUCGGAUCCAGCGACAUCGGAGUGGAAGUUGAAGGUGAUUCCAUUCCUCCGGGCGAGGCUGUCUUCCAGUGGUGGUCUUUUGCUCAGAGAAUGACUGAAGACGACGAUGUCAAUCGCAAUUCUGGUGGGGUGAUCCGCAUCCAGGAGGUUCUGGCCAUUGGAAGCUGGGAAGCCCAGCCCACCCAUGGCAGCGAACAGCACCGUGGUGAGACAUUCCGAGAGCAGUUUCUUCCUUCGAGCCGCGUCACGGUGAACCAUCCGCACUUCGACGACGAGUCGCGCUUCACGCAGAACUGCUUCGUGCAGUUCCAACGAGGCAACCCCCGGCGCCGACGGCCAGUCCGGAGGGUGCGCCGGGGCGAGGUUGCAGGCCUGGAUCUCAAAACGGGGUCGGCCUGUAGCAUUUGCUUCUCCGAUGAUGGCUUCCUCAUUGGAUGUGGAAAGAAUCAUGUGCUUUGCAGAGGCUGCCGCUGGGCGGGUUUGCGCACCGUGGUCGGGGACGUCACCCAGACGGAGAACCUCAUGUGUGGAUGCCUCACCAUCGACGACCGCAGAGCCUUACAAGGCUUAGCGGAAGCCGCCGACAAAUCCCUCCAGGCACUCUUGGCCGCGCCGCCAACGGAUGUUGGAGAAGAGCAGGAGUUCCAGAUGGAGCUUGCACAAGUCCGGAGACAGUUCCAGGUCCGAGAGGUCCCCGGCGAUAUCUUUCAGCGCAAGGUCAUGGAUUGGUACGAGAUGGCUCGGCGACGAGAGAGUGAGCAUCUCUACUAUGCCUGUGUCCAUCCGAGCUGUGGCAUGGACAAUUGGAUUUUAAAGAUUGACUUCGAGAGUGAGUACCGCUCGCGGGGCCUCUAUAGCUGGACCUGUCGAGCCGGACACAGGAACUCAGUGUUGCCCAGCCAGAAGGAGAUCAAUGAGGCGAACAGGAACAUCCUGACACAUCCAGAGUUCUACACUCACAGCUGUGGUCACGACUCCUUGUCCUUGCGACGCUUCCGCUUUUGCCCGGGAUGUGUGCAUGAAGGCCUUUUGACCUUUGCUGUGCACGACGAUGGAUGCAAGCAGUGGCCCGGCAGUGGGAGCGGCCACAGGCAUUGCUUUUGCUGGCACUGCACGCGGAACUGGGCAACGGGCGAGUGCUCCCAUUCAGUCGCUUGUGCAGAUCCUGGCGUGCAGCAGGUGCGCCGGACCAGCGAUGGAAGUGGAUCUGAGAAGCUGGAGAUCGGCUACGUGGAUGCUCAGGCCUACAUUGAUUGGGUCAACACCGGCCUGAACUGCCCCGACACCAUCUUCGCCGCAAGCCGCGUCUUGGGCCCCACCCGACAAGGGAUGCUGGGCCUCGAGGACCGUGAACAGCUGAAAGCCUGGAUGGAAGAAGGGACCAGCUGA